AUGCCCGGCUGGUGGGGGUUUUGGGGCCCGAAGUUGCCUGAUGAUGCUCCUGAGAAUAGACCGCUUGCCUCACGCUGGUUCGGGCCCAGUAGAGCAAUCGACUUUGACCAUAAGCAACUGGUCCAUAUACCGCAAGCAGUCCUAGAGGAGCAUCCGGGCUUCUUGGCACUGUGGCGGGAGAGGGACAUCCUUUUCAUCCCCAACAUGCCCUAUCAUGUGGCCCAUGUGUUGGUAAACUUCUUGUACACGAACAAGUACGAGAACCUUCGUAUCGGUUGUAAAAGUGGGAUCGAGUCGGCCUUGACCGACUUUACCACAGCUAUAUACGUCUACAGUGCAUGCGUAAGAUACCAACUGCCUAGACUUCAAGUUCAGGCUGGCGAGCGCAUUGCCAUAUACGGGGACAAGAUCCCAUUCCUCGAAAUUAUAAAGAAGCUUUCCGGAUCACAGUUCACCGACAUGAAUCUUAGCGGAACACUUUACGAUUACAUUUGCGACCGAGCAAGCGCCGAGAACGCCAGCAUGACUGACACAUCCGCUGCUGAGAUUAGAGCAGCCAUGGGAGGAACCAUGGCUAGUGUCUUAUGCCAAAAGAUCCUGGUGCCAUCUAGUAUCAUAAAGUUCAAUCACAACUGCUGGGUUUCCGUGCCCGAAGACAUACCCAAGGACCGCCCGGAAUUCCUCGCCUACUGGAAAGGUCAAGCAACACUAGACUUCCCGGAUAUUCCUUACCAUGUCGCCCAUGUUCUCCUUCAGUAUAUAUAUAAAAGGGAGUACCAGAACCUCAAGGCACAUGGUGCUUACCAAGAAAGAUGUGCCAAUGACUUUUGCACAGCAAUCUAUGCUUACAAGGAGUUGGAAAAGCUGGCUGCAGGAAGGAUUCGGAGCUACGGAGACAAAAUUACAUUUGUGGAGAUCAUGAAGCCCAUGUCGAGCCCUCCAUUUUCCAAUAUGGAGAUAAAAGGCCUGCUUAACAAUGACCUCUGCGCCAAAAUGACUAGAGAAGGCGCCAGUAUGACUACACAAACAAGGGCUGAGAUCGAGAAGGUUAUGGGGAGUACCAUGAUUUCAAUACUCUACCAGCGAAUUGUUGGACUUGAGAGAGAGAGAAAGGCAAGCUGCAAGAGACUGUCCACAGUCUGCAGCAAAAGCAGACAAAGGGCUCAUCUCGCAACAAGUCGAGAUAAGACGAUGGAGUUCGAUGUAUGGAUUCCGAGUGGAAGUAUCGGUGUGUCAUAUGUAUGA